AUGAAGUUGCUUGAGAAGAUGGGGUAUAGAGGAGGUGGGCUAGGGAAGAAUGCACAAGGUAUUGUUGCUCCGAUUGAAGUAAAGUUGCGUCCCAAGAAUAUGGGAAUUGGGUUCAAUGAUUAUAAAGAGCAGGAACCAAUCGAGGAGAUUAAGGUUUUUCCCCAAAAAGAGAAGACGUGGUUAAAACAAGGUGUUUUAAAAAAGAAGGAAAAAGAGUACAUAACCGCAGAGGAGCUGUUGAUGAAGAAGCAAGAACAAGGGUUGGAUGUUGUUGAGAAAGUGUUUGACAUGAGGGGACCACAAGUUCGGGUGAUGACAAGUUUAGAGAAUCUGAAUGCCGAAGAAGAACAAGAAGAAGAAAAGUCAAGCCCCAUCCAACAUAAUAUAAGAUUGAUUGUUGCCUGGGCUAAACUUGAUAUGAAGAAGAUUAUGUGGGACUUGAGAAAAGAGAAAGAGACGGUUGUGACUUUGCAAAAAGAAAAGGAGAAGCUAAAAGAUGAUGCCACCCGUCAGAAAAAACAACUUGAUAGCAUGGAAGAGAUGGUGUAUGUGGUGGAACGGUUGACAAAGGAGAGCUUGUUAGGGACAUUGACUUUAGAGUCUGUUUCCAUGUCAUUCGGGGACUUAUAG